GGACUUCGUGGACCCUACCACCAGCUCAGCCUCGCUAGCUCCGCCUGCGGUACGUGCUCCCGCCUCCGACUCAAAAUGCCUGUCUGGGGAGGUGGAAACAAGUGUGGGGCCUGCGGGAGGACCGUGUACCACGCAGAAGAGGUGCAGUGUGAUGGCAGGAGCUUCCACCGCUGCUGCUUUCUCUGCAUGGUUUGCAGGAAAAAUUUAGAUAGCACAACAGUGGCAAUUCACGAUGAAGAGAUCUACUGCAAAUCCUGCUACGGAAAGAAAUAUGGGCCAAAAGGCUACGGUUACGGCCAGGGCGCUGGCACGCUUAACAUGGACCGUGGCGAGAGGCUGGGCAUCAAGCCAGAGAGUGUUCAGCCUCACAGGCCUACAACAAAUCCAAACACUUCUAAAUUUGCUCAGAAAUAUGGAGGUGCCGAGAAGUGUUCCAGAUGCGGGGAUUCUGUUUAUGCUGCCGAGAAGAUAAUUGGAGCUGGAAAGCCCUGGCACAAAAACUGUUUCCGAUGUGCAAAGUGUGGGAAGAGUCUUGAAUCAACAACUCUGACUGAAAAAGAAGGUGAAAUCUAUUGUAAAGGAUGCUAUGCAAAGAACUUUGGGCCCAAGGGAUUUGGCUAUGGCCAAGGAGCAGGGGCUCUUGUUCAUGCCCAGUAAGGUGUAAACCCUGAACUAAACAUCACACACUGAGAAUCUCUUCAUAACCUAGGCACAGAUAAUCUUUAACACUAAACUACUGUGAAAUUCUACCAGCAUUAAGUACUGUAUAUUGCCCUGUACUUGGAUAGGCUGGCUAACUUGUAGGAAGAGAGCACUGUAUCGUAUCCUUUUGCUUUAUUCACCAGCAUUUUGGGGGAACAUUUCUUUUACAUUUUAAAUAAAACUUCAGUUUGA